GUCAAACCGCCGCUGAGAGUGGGAUCUAUCUGCUUGGCGCCUAAACCCAACGUUUGAGCGCAUGAUGCUGCCCUACCCCGUUUACAAAUUCCUGAUCGCGUCUACAUAGAAAAUUUCUGGAAAUAUGCCUUAUUCAGAGGCGAGGUCUCCAUUGUGGGAAAUGUCAUCGGAGCCCUAAGUCCGCUGGCUAUAAAGAGACGCCGUUUGCUCUGCUGAGUUGUGAGAAAUCUCCUCAUCGACAACGCGUAGCUCGCAAGAUCCUUAGCUACUAUCAAUUCGACCAAUUCUCGCAGCCUUCCUUCAAAAUGAAGUUCACCGCUGGUAUCUCCCUGCUCGCCGCUCUGGCCAGCGCUGUCUCGGUCGACCUGGCCAAGCGCGACACUCCUCUCGAUGUCAAGCUCGAGAUGAUUGGCAACACUGCUGUCAAGGCUAGCAUUACCAACACCGGUGCUUCGGACCUGAAGGUCUUCAAGACGGGCACUUUCCUCGACGAGAACGCUGCCACCGAGAAGGUUGCGAUCUACCAGGGUGGCAACAAGCUUCAGUUCGAUGGCAUCAAGCUCCGUGUUAUGACCACCGGACUCGGCGAGGAGGCUUUCCAGACCAUCGCCGCGGGCGAGACCGUCACGGCCACCUUUGACGUCGGCCAGGUUUAUGACCUCAGCGCCGGCGGUGACUACGACGUCGUGUCCGCUGGCGCCAUGUCCUACGCCGAGGCCAACACCACCGAUAUUGCCGGUGUGUUCCCUGUCUCCGGCAGCACCGUUACUGCUAAGGUCGAUGGCGUCGCGGCAAAGGAAGUCCGCCGUCGCUUCCACGCCAAGCGCAUCGACGUGCAGUCCGACUGCACCGGCACCAAGCUCAGCCAGACCAACACGGCCAUCAACAACUGCCGUUCCCUAGCUUCCGCCGCCCAGACGGCGGCCUCGUCCGGCUCCGCCACCAAGUUGAGCGAGUACUUCAAGUCGAGCUCGAGCUCCGUGCGCAGCACCGUCGCCGGCGUCUUCCAGAAGGUAGCCUCCGAGUGCGGCAGCACCUCCUCCGGUGUCUCCGACCUGUACUGCUCCGACGUGUACGCCUCGUGCUCGUCCGGUGUCUUGGCCUACACGUCGCCCUCGCAGUCGCUCAUGGUUAACUGUAACCUGUACUACACCGCGCUGUCGCCCCUCACCAGGACCUGCCACGGCCAGGACCAGGCCACGAGCACCCUGCACGAGUCGACCCACUUGACCCAGAUCAAGGGCACCGACGACUACAUGACCUACGGCUACGAAGGUGUUCGCGGCCUCAGCGGGGCCCAGAACCUGAACCACGCCGACACAUAUGCUCUCUUCGCCAACGCCAUCUACGUCGGCUGCUAAGCGCGUUCGCUGCCACUGCACCCUCUGGUUUCGGCCGUCGGAUGAAGGGGAGGCGAGGAAGAGGCAUUUUGCUUUGCGCGAUCAAUGCUAGCGUCUGUGGCUCUCUAAGAAAAAAGGGGGGGAUUAAGUUGGGAAUAUCGGAGCAACAAAAGAAAGCAGGAACUUAGGAAACAAUAGGAGAAAGCUUAUUGUCCUCCUUGCUUCAUCCCCCCCCCCCCCCCCCUUUAAAAUAAGCUCACCGCGAGGCAGAUAGUUGUUUCAUGUUACCUGCUACUUUCCUUCGAUGUUCAUCAGACGGUGGGACAAAGCCCACAAGACUGGCGGGGAGGGAGCGUUAAUAGGCGACAAAGCGGGAUUCACGUGUCAUGUCUCGAUUGUGUAUUUGUGUAAUUCGAUGUUCGAUAUUGUGUGUUAGGAUAUGCAAGAUGAAUGUCUUUUAUGUGGUACGACGACGUGACAAUUGGACAAUGAUUUGACAAUGCGACAAGGAACAAGGCGAUUGUCGAUUGUCGAUUGUUUGU